CCCGCGGCCCGCUCCGCUCCGCCUCUCCCGGCGCCGAGCCGCGGGGAGCCCGGGGCGGGGGCCGGCGCUCCCGUCCGUGACCGCACAGCGGGCCCGGGCCCGUCCCGCCGCGGGAAGAAGCCGCGUCCUUCCCCAGGAGCCGUUCGCCCGGGGCCGCGGUGGCCGGGGCGGCGGCGGGGGGGAAGGGCUCUGGGACACCGGGGGUGGCUGGGGCCGGCGGCUAAGCCCCCGGGGCUGGGGCCGGGCCGUGCCGCGGGCGCCGGGGCACGCAGCGGCCGCUCCCGGGCCGGGGGGGGACCGGCCGCAGGAGGGACCCGCCCGUCCCGCGGCGGCCCGGAAGCGGAAGCGCGGGGCGGCGCGUCGCCAUGGCAGCGGCCGGAAGCAGAAGGCGCGCGGGGCGAUGGUGGCGGCGGGCGGCGCGGCGCUGUGGCGGCGGCUGCUGGCGGCCUGGCUGCCGCGGGGCCGCCCGGGCCUGGCCGCGCUGCUCGGACGCCUCUCCGACCGCCUCUCCCGCGGCCGCGACCGCCGCGCCCGCAGAUCAUCAUGGCUACUUCUAGCCCCACUGCUCACAUCUCCCGUUCCUGUGAUCACAGCCCCACCGUGUUUGCUCUGUUCCGAAGGAGCACACAGGUUCCAGUGGAUCAGGAAUGUGGUCCCAGAGUUUGGGAUCUCCAGCUCGCAUGUCAAGGUGCUCUCAUCCCCAACUGAAUUCUACGAACUCUUGAAGGCACAGAUAAAGGCAGCGAAACGGCGAGUGGUGAUGGCGUCUCUAUACCUGGGAACGGGGCUCCGUGAACAGGAGCUGGUGGAUUGCUUAGAAGAAACCCUGGAGAAGUCGCUGCAAGCAAAGGGACCGUCUGACCUCAGAGUUUCCAUUCUUCUUGACUACACCAGGGGAUCUCGGGGCAGGAAGAAUUCUCGGACGAUGCUCAUUCCACUGCUGCAGCGGUUCCCUGGGCAGGUCCGUGUGUCCCUCUUCCACACGCCAAACCUGCGUGGGCUUCUCAGGCUCCUCAUCCCAGAGCGUUUUAACGAGACCAUUGGACUGCAGCACAUCAAGGUCUAUCUCUUUGAUGACAAUGUGAUCCUGAGCGGAGCCAACCUGAGUGAUUUGUACUUCACCAACCGUCAGGACCGCUAUGUUCUCCUGCAGGACUCUCCUGAGAUUGCAGACUUCUUCACAGAGCUAGUGGAUGCCAUUGGAGACGUGUCGCUGCAGUUACAGCAAGAUGAUACGGUGCAGAUGAAGGAGGGGAUGGUGCACCCGUACCGAGGAGACAAGAAGGCUUAUUGUGAGACAGCGAAUCGCAGAGUCAUGGAGGUGAUCAACGCUGCCAGGACACGGCAGGAACUCCUUCAUGCAGAGACUUUCCACAGCAGGAAGCAAGGCAGCUCCUUGUUAUCCCAGCAAGACUCUCAAGCCUCUGGGGGUCUGAAACCAGAACCUGACACCUGGAUCUAUCCCUUAAUCCAAAUGAAACCUUUUGGGAUUCAAAUAGAUGAGAUGGUGACAGAGACGCUGCUGACAGAGGCUGAACGGGAUGCCAGGAUAUACCUUACCACAGGCUACUUCAACCUGACACAGGCCUACAUGGACCUGGUGCUGGGCACUCGGGCUGAGUAUCGGAUCCUCCUGGCCUCGCCGGAGGUGAAUGGGUUCUUUGGUGCCAAGGGAGUAGCAGGUGCCAUCCCUGCUGCCUAUGUUUACAUCGAACGCCAGUUUUACAGUGAGGUCUGCUACCUUCACCAGCAGGAGAGGGUCCAGCUGCAGGAGUACUCGAGAGCUGGGUGGACUUUCCAUGCCAAAGGCCUCUGGCUGUACCUGGCUGGGAGUAACCUUCCCUGCCUGACUCUGAUUGGCUCUCCCAAUUUUGGGUAUCGGUCAGUUCACCGCGACUUGGAGGCUCAGGUUGCCAUAGUGACGGAAAACAAAGCCCUGCAGCAGCAGCUGCACCAGGAACAGGAGCAGCUUUACCUCUGCUCAGGGGUGGUCUCAUCAUCAACCUUUGAGCAGCCAAGUCGGUAUGUGAAGCUGUGGGUGAAGCUGGUCACACCUCUGAUUAAGAAUUUCUUUUGAAAGAAGAAGAGUUGCUGCUUUGGGUUAAAAGUCCAGACAUAGGUGGGACCUCUCAUCCGCGUCUUAUAGACGGGACAUUCGUAGGUGCUGGUGGUGUCCAGGCGGUCUGCAGGGACGGCUCUGAUGAAGAGGAUGGGCAUGGUGGGCGUCAGCUCCUUCAGCCUCGCGUCCGCCAGCGCUGCCGAGGGCACGUCCCAGCGCGCGCCUGCGGGGAGACGGCACCGGCUGUGCGGCUGCUGGGCUGCCCCUGGCACCCGCACGCAGUGACGGUGGGGAAGGAGUUGCUGCAGCAGCACAGCUGGGGUGGAGGUGCAGGGUGGGUAGUUGCGGGUUGGUAGUUGUUGGGGCCAACGUUAUCAUCGCACCGUGACCCCUGGAUGUGUUGUGGCUGACUGUGCGUGGGAUGUCUGGACGAAUCCUGUCCCCACUCACCCCUGCAGCAUGGGUUUGCAUGGCAGCUGCUUAGCUCAAGGCAAAGCGUGGUGGUGGUGGGAGCUAUAGUGAGCUGUCCUGUGUGGUCUGUACUAUUGGUGCUGUGUGACACCACCAGCUCCUUCCCCCUCAUUUCUUAGUAGCAAUUAUUCUAGGUUCUGUGUUUCCUGAUUUGUUUUACUCUCACAUCAAAGAAGACAUUUAUUUACUGGAAUGUCAAGGCUUCAGCUAACCCAGCCCUCAGGUUCAUGCCACACAAAAGCCAGCUGCCUGUGAGGCGGCCGGGUGCUGCCCUCAGCUGGUGUCUCCCACCCCCACGGGCUCUGCUGCUCAGCCCUCUGCAGAGCUGUAGAGUUCAGAGCCACCAGUGAGUGCUGACACCCACCCCCGGCAGGCUGAACUGGGCUUUCUGUGUCCACAACACUCCAUAGAAAAUGUGGUCUUUUACCUUCCAUGAAUAAUCCAUGCACGUAGGUGCCUUCUCGGGGCGGAGCUGUUAUCUCCUCACGGCUUUUCUUGGUCACAUCCACCGACAGACACAUCUUGUCCAGAGGCCAUUCGUUUUUCCUGGCUGUGGACUGCAUGAUAGCCGUGAGGAAGGACUGGGGGUUGAAGAAUCCUGACAGCCACACUGUUGCAGGCAGCACAAAGUCUGUUGUCCAGACUUCCAGUUCCUGGAAAAUCAAAACGACAAAGUCCAUGAGAGCAAAAUGUGGCCUUCGAGCAGCACAGUGCUGCUUGGAGACACCACGGGACAGAGCUGAUGCUUCCCUGUGCCUAACUCAAGCUUCAGUCAAUCUUCCAGAGGUGAAGACUAGGAUGGAGGUGUCUGUGAUGAAGAAAUAGCAGAUUCCACUGCAGCAAUUAAACUUAAACCCAGUAACUUGGAUUGCAGUAAAUAGUGCUGUUAUUUUUUUAACAAAGCCCCACUUUAAAUAGAUGGGUCUAUGACAUAUUUUCUCCUCUGAGACAGUUGUAUCGGGGUUCACUCGUGGUCUGUGGGAACACAGGGAUGCUGGGGGUGAGCCCUUCCCAAACUGCUGCUUUCCUCCCCGGGGUAAGGGGUCAUUUCAGGUACUUCAAACUGCUUAUGGUAAUACUGAAAAAUAAACGAGUUAAGCACCGUG